AUGGAUCUCAUAAUCUCUUAUCAUGUCAUCACUGGGAAUAAGCGGCAACAGAAACGAAAUGCCAACCAAUAUCAACCAUUGCCAGGGGCAGGCCAAAGAGAAGUGAAGAAAUCUCCAACGUCUUCAACUCGCCAGCUGGGGGCGUUCAUUGGGGCCGUUUCAAAUGUCCCCGCUAGCUUGGCCCUAUUUGCUAGUUUCCUUGUUGCGAAAAGCCAUCUAAGCCCCACAAACCGCAAGCCUUCAAGGUGUGUUCAGGAUUACGGGUGGUGGAGGGGUGAUUGCGGUGAGGAUGGAUCUGAAUCGAUUGGUGGGCGAAGUGGGGAUGGAGGGGCUAAAUGGGACAGUAGUUAG